UUUAGAUCAUGUGAAAACGCUGUUAUCAACAACAUUCAUGUAUUCUAAGGUGUUCUACAAAAGACCUAAGCCUAAGCCUAAAACAGAAUCUAUGAUGAUAUUUCUCUGUAUAAUAGCCAGCUUUUCAUCAAUGACUGCAGCUGUGGUAUCCGUGUUGAUGGUUAUGUUGUUUCCAACUCCAUAUUGUAAUACAAAUGCUAACACAUGCAAUGCAGCAUUUUCGUCAUACAUGUCUGAGACUCAAGCAUUAGCAACCAAACUAUUAGCUGAAAACGAUACAAUUGUGUUUGAUCAAACUGUUUCUAACUGGGACGAUGCUUACAGUACAACAACAGGAAAGUAUACAGUAAAGUGCACAGGGAUGUAUACAUUCACCUGGACAAUUUGCGGAGACGCUAAAAAGUAUGCUGGAGGUCAACUAGGAGAGUGGGGAACAUACCUAAUGCAAGGGACAAUUAUCAUUGGUGCAGUUCACACUGAUACUGAGGAAUGGUCAGAUCAUGACUGUUCAACCGGAAGUGUAACUCGUUACGUAUUUUCAGGUGAUGAAAUUUAUUUGAAGACUGGUUUCUAUCAUCAAGGUGUAUUGCUGAGUAUGAAGGACCAGUCGAGAACAACGUUUUCUGGAUGGAAAAUAUUUGAAUAGAUAAAACGAAAACAGCAAUAUGACAUUCCUUUAUUUAGUUGAUCAAACCUUUGUGUGGUAGGCCUUAUGCAACACGACGAGUACAAUCACCUGACCAGCUGUUGUUCGAUCUAUAAUUCAAACAGUUGAUUUCACUUAUUGCAUCCCCGUUAUUAAUGUAUUUGAAUAUUAAUGAAUGUUAGAGGUCACAGGGUCAUCAAUCAUCAGUGUAUCAUAUAGUGGUAUUUUAUAACACUUAAUACGUUGUUAUAAUAUUAUGUUCACUUAUAUGUAUAAUAUGUUUUUGUUGAUUAUAAGUAUACUUUGUGUUUAUCUAUGAUAAAACAGAGUGUAUUAAUUUCAAUCUCGACGUUAAGGAUUGAAACAGAGAAUUUUAAUGUUCGUAUAAUUUUUAAUAAUAGGAUGACAGGUACCAAUUUGGUAUAAUCCAAUGUAUGAUGGUGUUUUUAUUAAACUUAUGAAUCAAAUGUCAAUCAAGUAAUGCACUAAAACAAUAACCAAAUCAUCAACCAUAAACAGAAAAAAAAUGUUCGUUACCUUUUAUAACGAAAGACGUUUCGUCUGUCAUCAGUUAUGUAUGACUUAACGGGUCUACAAAGUGAUUGCACCGGUUGUUACUUACUUAA